AUGGCUGCUUCUCUCGGGGCCUUAAGUCUCCUCAAUGUUCCCUAUACCAGAAUGAAAAUGAGACCCCAAGCUGUCCUCACCAAAGACUGCAAAAUGGGGGUUCCGUAUGAGCUGAAACAAGGCCAGUCGCGUCUUUUCCACAAGCUUCCUUCCGGUCUGAACAUGGAGGUUAUUUUUCAGAAGGGUGACCCAGACAAGGAAAUAGAUAAACCUCAUAACCCACCACUAGUAUUCGUCCAUGGAAGUUUCCAUGCGGCUUGGUGCUGGGCUGAACACUGGUUACCCUUCUUUUCCCAGAAUGGAUUUGAUUGCUACGCUGUCAGUCUUUUGGGCCAGGGUGAAAGUGAUGCACCUGCUGCUUCGGUUGCUGGUUCCCUCCAGACACAUGCAGGUGAUAUUGCUGACUUUAUCCAUAAAGAAAUUAGGCUGCCACCUGUCUUGCUCGGGCAUUCGUUUGGAGGGCUUAUUGUGCAGUAUUAUAUUGCAAAUCUACCAAGGGGAAAAGAAAGAGAAAACGAAGGCCUAUAUCCCAAUCUUUCUGGAGCUGCGCUUGUUUGCUCUGUGCCUCCGUCCGGCAAUAGUGGAUUAGUGUGGCGAUAUCUCUUCUCCAAACCUAUUGCUGCUUUUAAGGUAACAAGGAGCCUGGCGGCCAAAGCUUUCCAAACCUCCCUACCUCUUUGUAAAGAAACAUUUUUUUCUGCCACAAUGGAUGAUCAGCUGGUCCUUCGUUACCAAAAGCUGAUGACUGAAAGUUCGAGGUUGCCAUUGUUUGAUCUGAGAAAGCUGAAUGCAUCACUCCCUGUCCCUCCAGUGGCAGAUUCUUCGUUGAAAGUUCUUGUAUUGGGUGCAAAGGAUGAUUUCAUAGUGGAUUUCGAGGGACUCGACGAAACAGGAAGGUUUUAUGGAGUAUCACCUGUUUGCAUCGAAGGAGUUGCCCACGACAUGAUGUUAGAUUGCUCAUGGCAAAAGGGUGCAGAAGAAAUUUUGUCAUGGUUGAGUAGAUUGAAUUAGAUGGAAAUAUGAUUGUGGGGGAAACUGGCCCAGAUUUACCAAUCUGCAACUUCUCUUUAUAGAUGCAUUGAGAUGGCUGGUUUCUUUUGCAUGUUCCCAGUAAACUUUGUGCAACACAGUAACAGAUAUAAUAUUCCAACUUCAUAUUCAUCUUC